UUAUAGUGACUUUUUAUGAGAAACUUGUUGAGGAUUCUUCAGCAUGCUCCAGUUGUGCAUCUGUAAAAAUGUCAACAUUGGUAAGAAAAUGAAAGGGACAAGUGUGCAGCCUAUCAGCUUCCGGGAUAGCCCUGGUGUAAUGGUGAAUGGAAAUAACCUCAAACUCCUCCUCCUGCGUCUAUAAUCCAAGCGCAUCCUUUUUAUCAGAGGAUUGACUGCGGGCGGAGCAGAAUGGAACUGACGGAGCACCAUGCAUCUCCCAUCCCCUUAAAGAAAAAUAGAUUUCUAGUAGUGAAGUAGUUUGUUGCAUUUAGGAGCCUCGUGGGAACCAAAAUGAGUCGACACGUUUCUUGUGCGUUUUGCGUGGCUUUAUUUAUUUUCCCGUUCAUGAGCACUUCGUGUCCUGCACAGUGCAACUGCUUCUUCCACAAACUGAGCGACGGUUCCAAAGCCAGAAGCGUCCUUUGCAAUGAUCCCAAGAUCACCGUCAUUCCUCCAAAUUUCCCCAUGGACACCUCCAAAAUACGCAUUGAGAAGACAGCCAUCACGAGGAUUUCCAGCGGCGAUUUUCGCUACCUCGGCAGCAUGGAGUUUCUGUGGAUGUCUUUCAACUCCCUGAGCUCUCUCAGCGUGGACAGUUUUCGGGGUCUCGCGAACCUGGACGAGCUGAGGCUGGACGGUAACGCCCUCACCUCAUUCCCGUGGGAGUCUCUGAGCGAUAUGCCCAAUCUGAAGCUACUCGACCUGCACAACAACAAGAUCUCCAGUAUGCCCGCCGAGGCCCUGGCGUACAUAAAGAACAUCACUUAUCUGGAUUUAUCUAGCAACACUCUCACCACCAUCCCUGCAGAUGUCCUCUCACUUUGGUUAAGUGUAAAACCACUUCAGGAAGCUGAUUCUUCCAAAUUCAUUCUUGGCCUCCAUGACAACCCGUGGUUAUGCGACUGCCGGCUUUAUGAUCUGGUCCAGUUCCAGAAGUCCCCGAGGUCAUCGGUCGCUCUAAUAGACCCCAGGCUGCGAUGUUCCGACCCGGAGAGUCUGUCUGGGGUUUUCUUUACUGAAGCGGAAUUGCAGAGGUGCCAGGGCCCUCGGGUGCAUACCGCUGUUGCGCGUGUCCGCAGCUCGCUGGGCAACAACGUCCUGCUUCGUUGCGGCACUGUUGGCGUUCCAAUCCCUGAGCUUUCUUGGAACCGCGCCGAUGGCAAAAAAAUCAACGGCACCAUUCAGCAAGAGAUCUCACAGGAGGGCAUCAUUUGGUCCAUUUUGAGUGUGCCGGCAGUCUCUUACAGGGAUUCAGGAAAGUAUGUGUGCAAAGCCACCAAUUUUGUGGGAACCGCAGAUGCUAUCAUCUCCUUGGUGAUCACAGACACGUUUCGUGCUGAAGAGGCAGGCGGUGCGGUUGCCAAAAGACCUAGAGGAAAGAAGCCCGGCGGUAUGGGGAGGGCCGCGUAUCAGGAAAAGCUUAUCGCUAGGUAUGUCCCUCCCCCGACGACCUCUCCCGGCAAGCCCGUCAUCCAACCCCUCGACGGCAAAGGCGUCACCAGGAAGUACGAGGUCGAGAGCUAUAGCGUCUCCUCCGGCUCCCGAGGACGAGGCCGGGGCUCGAACCCUCGAAAGCCGGAGCAGGUUGCUUUGGGUAACAUGGUGGCCAACGCCUCAUCCUUACAGCAAGCCCCCGAGAAAAGGGUGGUGCGUUCGGUGAAGGUCAUCGGCGAUACCGACCACACCGUCUCGUUGAACUGGCGAGCCCCCACGUCCACAAAUAUCACCGAGUUUAGCGUCCUAUACGCCGUGUUCGGCGAGCGGGACAUGCGGCGGAUAAACGUGGGAGCGGGCAAAAACCGUAUCACCAUCGACGGCCUGGUGCCUAAAACAAAGUACAUCGCUUGCGUUUGCGUCAAAGGCCUGAUACCGAAAAAGGAGCAGUGCGUAAUCUUCUCGACGGAUGAGGCGGCCAGCGCAAGCGGCACCCAGAAACUCAUCAACGUGGUGGUCAUCACGGUAGCCUGCGUCAUCGCAGUGCCUCUCACUCUGAUCGUCUGCUGCGGCGCCAUUAAAAAGCGUUGCCGCAAGCUCUUCGGCCAGCCCUCCAAGGAAAUACAGGACUCCUAUGUCACAUUUGAGACUCUGGGCCCCGGGUCCAAAACUAAAGGGACGGAAGGCGAAUAUCUUACCCGGUUAACCCCCGACGAGUCCAACCGGCUGCUUUCCGCGAGGUCCAGCGUCGAUUCCGAGGCCAUAACCAGGACUGAGGGCCCACCUAAUGAGUACUUCUGCUAGAACUCGACAUUUGCCUCAACUUGUGGGAGAUGCACUUUAAGACUGGAGUCGUCAAAUCUGAUCCCUCUAAAGGAAAUUGACAGCUCAUUUGCCACUGGAUGAAACAACUUCUUACAGACUUGUGGAAGUAAGCUAAAUAUAUGUAUAAAAAAAAGGAAAAUGAUACACAGUGAAAUGGUUAUUUACAUGUUAAUGUAUAUAAAUGUGUUUUGGGACCUCUUACUAAAAGGUGACAGUUCAUCUUUUCAACCUAAACAACAUAUUUUAUCUAAUGUAACCUCUGCACUGUGUACAAACCUUUACAUCAAUUACGUAUAUUUCGCAACACCAACGUCGAUUAGUCUGUUUUGUCUGUCGUCACGUGCCAGGUUUUCCAAACAAAACUCAACACAACUUGCACAGUUUCUAAUAUGUAAAUAUGUUGUCAACUAACACAUCUGUAUAUGAAAGAGUUGUAUGUAAAUAAAAGUUGUUUUUAUAUACUGAUAA